AAUAAAUACACUGGAGUGAAGAGGCAAAAUAUCGGUGCUUUGUCUUUGAGUGAGAAAACAAAUAAGAAUUAAUUUAUACAGAAGUUAAUAAUCCAAAAAUGACAACAAUAAUUGAUUUGAGUUCAGAUGAUGAAACGCCACCAGCGCCAAAGCCACAAGGGAUGAGCGUUGCUUCUACGCAACAACAUAAAACCUAUCAACGCGUAAGAAAGCAACAGCAUUGCCAGGCAUCAAAAACACAACCAAUAGAAAUAAAAGAUGACAACCUAAGUCAAUUGCGUUUGCAUCAAAAAGAUUUGGAUUUUAUUGAUCAUGUCGUUAUGAUUUGGUUACAUCGUGCAAGAAAAGGUUACAAAAAUAUUGAAAUGCCUGAUGAUAUUUUAAAAGCAAAAGCCAACGAGGCAGUGAAUGUGAUGAAAUUGGAUAAGAGUUUGUUUUGUGAAAACACUUGGAUAAUGGGAUUCCAUGAAAAAUUGAAAAAGCUGAAAGAAAGUAAACAAAUGAUCGAAUAUGGAAAAAGUAAAAUGUUCAAAAUUGAAGCAAUUAUUGAUGCAGAAAAUAGUUCUUUCUACAGAAAUUAUGAUGAGAAUAAGUUUAAGGAAACCAAAAGGCUUUUAAAAGAGACACAUAAAGAAAAAUUGGCACAGGAACUUAAGGAAAUCGAGGAUACACAACAAAAACAGCUGGAAAAUAUGUUGCAACAGCAAAAGAAGCAUUUGGAAUGGGUAAAAGAAGCACAGAAACAACAAAUUGCGAGAAUUAAAUACGCUUAAAAAAUUCGUCUGCAAAAAGAAGAAGAAAAGAAGUAUAUCGAAUGGCAGAAGGAACAAAAACUUAAACAAGAUCCAACACCUGCAACGGUAACCAAAUUACGAUUUGGUGUACUGUGCAAACAAGAAGAUAUAAACAUUGCGGAAGGGUGUCGAGUACGAGCUGAAUCCCAGAACGGUUUAUCAGGAUCUGAGCAAAGAGUGACGUUAUGUGAGACUAUAAAAGUGGAGGAUGUGGAUGUGCUAGAUGAACCGAUAAAGUCAUAUGAAGAAGUUUUGGAUUGUUUGGUACUUGUUGAAAAUUACUUUUUAUCCUCCCGGAAUCUUAAAGCUGCCAUGUUUGUGGAUCAAAUAGAAACUUUUGUAAAACAACAAUUAAAUUCGUAGCUUAUUUGUUAAAUCCCUGCCUAAGGAAUAAAAUUAAGGUUUUAAUACUUUUCAAGAAAAA